GUAGUUUUUCGAAAUGUAAAAAACGAAAGUGUAAAAUUUCGUCUUUUUCUGUAAAAAAUCCUCCAUAAAACCAAGAUGUGGCAGCUGAUUUCGUCUUCAGAUAGUGGUGAAAGUUACCCGUUGUUUGUUGAUGUGGAGAAUGUGAUUGGGAGGAAGGACUGUUCGAUAGUUCUGAAGAAUGAUCCUGCGAUCAGUCGCAAACAUGCAGUCAUCACAGUUACCCAUCCAGACAACCAUGUUUCACAUUCCCAUGUACUUCCAACUGUGAAAUUGAAGGACACUUCAAGAUACGGAUGCUUCGUUAAUCAUAAAAAAGUUUCAGAGGAAUGUCUCCUCAGCUCUGGUGAUUCGAUUAAAUUUGGCUCAGACAAAAGCAAAUUCAGCUUAAAAUAUGAGCCGUUCAUUGUGACAACAUCGUGCCUAACUCCAGCCCUAAAGAAGUCGGUGAAGAGCGUCCUCCACCAGCUGGGUGGGCACGUGGUACAGGAAUGGACGAAAGACUGCAGUAUGGUCGUCAUGAGUAACCUAAGCGUCACAAUAAAGGUAAUGUGUGCUCUGAUAUCCUGUGCCAAUGUUGUGACGCCAGAAUACCUCGCAAGGUACCUUGAAGCAACCAAGAACGGAGAAGCAAAGCCAGACCCAUCAGAUUUCUUGCCUCCACUGGCCGAGUCGCAGAUCACCCAAGAUGAAGUAUCAUUCAGUGCUGAUCCAAGCCGUCAAAAUCUCUUCCAGGGGAAGAUGUUUAUCUUUCUAACAUCAAAGCAGUUCAAGAAGCUCAACCUUUCCAUUGAGCUCGGCGGAGGUGUGCCAUUCCUCAUGGAGGAGGGGACGGAUGAUAAUGACGACAGUGUCCUGAUCGCACCUGGUACAUGUGUCAUGGAGUGUAGUCCAUCAGAGAACUCCCAGCAACUCUCACAAAAUGCGCAGGAGUGGAUCUCACAUGUGUUGGACUACCUGCAAAAGAACAAAAAGAGACCAAUUCCCGAGGCUGAGUUGGGUUUUGCGGCACUUUACAGCUCCACUGAAAAGUACUGCAACCCCGAUUGUGUUAUUGGUGGUCCACAUCUUGGUGCUAUUCCUGGGCAGACCCUAUCACAACAGGUGGACCCAGAUAUCUCACAGUCUAUGGCAUACAGAUCCCAGCAGUCUCAAGAUAUUGAUAGCAAACACCAAGCUAGACCGAGCAGGGACGUCAAACCAUCUGCGAGUGUCAAACCGGAGUUGAUCCGGGUGAAGGAGGAACCCGUUAGCCAAAUAUUUGCAGCUGAAGAGUCUAUUCAUGAGAGGGAAAUAGCAACAGCCAGCAAGAGAAAAAGGGGGCGUGAUGAUGAAGAAGAGGCACAAGAGCCAAACAGGAAGCAGGUCAAAGUUGAACGAAGAUCGAGAAGCAAAUCCACAUCCCCUGGGCCGACAACCAAGAGAGAAUUGAGAAGUACGAGCCCAGCAAAGAGGAAUAUCGAUGACAAUGACAACAAAAUAGAUUUUGAUAGUGUACCUCCGAGGCGUGGUCGAAAGGAAAGUCAGCGGAAACGAUCACCUGGUCCAACUAAUGCCCUUGGGGAUAAUGAGGCGAAUGAGUUCUCUGCUUUUACUGGCCAAGAGAGAAACUCCAGACAAAGGUCACCAGUUUUUGAAGCUGCUGGUGAGUUUGGUGUUUCCCAAAGACUAGGGGGUCAGACAAAAGGUGAAGGAUCACCUGAACCAGAACACGGUGAUAAUGAGUUUGAUAGUGUUCCUGCUAGGAGUCGACCUGGAAGGAAUGCAAGGAAGAAAUCACCUGCUCCUGUUGAUAUGGACAAAGGGAAUGAGUUUGACAGUGUUCCUGCAAGAAGUGGACAAGGGCGAAAUUUGCGGAAAAGAUCUCCCACUCCUGUUGGUAAUGAUGAAACAAGUGAGCUUGAUAGUGUUCCAGCGAGAACUGGAGUCCAGCGUGGUCGCAAGAGAGACAAGUUGCCCACAGCUGGUGAUCUUUUUAGUGGGGCUAAAACUAGUGAUGUUGUCCUUGCAUCUGAUAGUGACGAUGGGACGGGUAUGGCAUUUGAUUCUGUUCCACCAAGAAAGGCCAGGCAGCAGAAGAGGAAGACACCUUCUAGGUCACCUUCUCCUGGGGAAGGUCAUAAUGUUAGUGACUUUGAUCAGCUUCCAGCACGUAAAGGUGGACGCUCUAAACAUCCCGUGACUGAAAAACCUGAUGGAAAUGGGGUAGAUCAAAAUCGAGAAAAAAGUUUUAAAAGAGAAGUUACUAAUGCUGCCUAUAUUUCUGAAACUGUUACUGAAGACACAGACUUUGAUGAUCUGAAACAUGUUGCUGCAGAUUUUGAUUUGGGAAAGGGACCUGGCGUCGCGGUCAUUGCAGAGUCGGAUAAUAUAGAUGCUGCUCCACCACGAAAAUCUCAUGCAAGUGUGAAACAGGAGCCUGCUGUGAGUCCCCCAGCACCUGUCCCUGAAGGUGGAGUUAGGAUGAAACAGGACAUCAAGCCUUCAACAAGUAGAAAGGUGUCCCCACGGAGAUCAAAUCUAAAUACUGCACCAGAGGAAGGGUUUUUGACGACAACUAGACCGAAUGAGAACUUCAUCAAAACUGAAGAAAACCAGUUCGAUCCAGAUGUUCCAGCUGCCUGUGCCAAGAUUAACUACACAUCAUUGGUCGUACGCAGACAGAAACCAACCAAAUCUGGGUCAACUAUGCCCCCAGCUUGGAAGGGAAUGCCGGUGAAGAACUUCAAAAGAUUCAAAAAGGUGCUGCAUAAAGGUAGCGAUGACCUACCCAGGGUUAUUGGUGGCCGCGACCUUGUCCCGCAUGCUAGCUUAGCCAAGCGACAAGUGAUGGAGAAGUUUGCGGCGGACCUUCAGAUGACCCAGCAUGAAGAAGAGGAGGAUGACUGUCAAGACUUGUUUAAUGCCGUCAGUGUUCCUGAGAGGCGUGGACGAGGGAGGAAGAGGUAGUGGUCAUAGUCGAUUGUCUCUACUGCCAGUCAUUAGAUGGACCAAUCUUCUGGAGAAGAAUCCUCAACAUCAAUCAUGCCUUCUGUACUUGUGUUCGUUUGAUACAUCCUGGACUCUUAUCCAUUCGGAAACCAUUCACCUUACCAAAAACUUCAAAGCUUUUUCCUCUGAUUUAGUUAAUCGCCUGUUAAUGUAUAAUGGUGAUUGAAAUAUCUUUGUGGAUAAAGGAGUCUUAGAUUUGAGUAUGUUACGCCCGGGUAGGUAGUUGCCAAUGAUUGAUGCUCCUAUCAACGUGAACCAAUCAAGUGAUUGUAUUUUGUACAUGUUUGUCAGGCUUGUAAUA